GAGACCAGACACGAUUGGAGGUGGAAGAGACGCGACUGGAUGGGUAGGGAGCGAAAGUGAACGCGUCUCCAAGAAUGGGCAAGAGAGAACGCACUCCUGCGAAGCGAAGGUGACGGAAAACGCGACGGUGGGCGACGGUAGGGCGACCGUGGUGUGUCGUGGAUGUCGAUCGGCAUCCUCUUUUCGGCCCUACGUCUUUUGGCAAUCGUGAGAAGCGCGAGAGACGCAUCCUCAUCGGCAUUCUCGAUCGCGCGAAAAUGCGUUGAGGCCGCCGCUGUGUCGUGGGCAUCAUCGUUGGUACCGCGAUUCGCCGAGGAACGCAAAAGACGAGACCGUGCGGGAUCUCGAAAGCGGCGGGAGAAAGAGAGGGAGAGACGCGUGCCGUAUUACGGACGUUACUAAUGCAACGCGAGUCAGUGAUUCUCGGCGUCACGAGAUAGCGGAUGGAAGCAGAAGGUUGUUACCGCGGCUCGAUGUGUAUUCAGUGAGCGUGAAGCUGCGCACGGUGACGUAAACGCGCGCGCGCGUACAGGCCGUUCGUCGUUACCCGCGUCACAGCGCAACAAUUCGUCCUCGUCCUCGUCAACGGCGGCAGGAUGACGAGAAAGCUCAGCAAGUUCCUGAUACUCUUCGACAAUACGAAUCUGUUGUACUUUCCUGGCCACUUCUUAUCCGGUCGAGUCCUCAUAGAGCUGGACGAUGAGGCUUACGUCUCGGGACUGCAUUUCCACGUUGUGGGCGAAGGAGUGGUUCGGAUACGCAGCCAGCGCGCCGAGAGGGUUUACGACAAAGAAAAUUACAUCGAUUUUCGUAUGCGGCUGCUGGGCGAACCAGGCGAAGGACCGUCGCUGCUCUCCCCGGGAAUACACAGCUUUCCCUUCAAAUUGGGGUUACCAUUGGGUCUACCCUCCACCUUCCUCGGGAAGCACGGAUGGGUGCAGUAUUACUGCAAGGCGGCACUCCGGGAGCCGGGCGGGUUAACGCACAAAAAUCAGCAGGUCUUCAUCGUCAUGAACCCGAUCGACUUGAAUCUGGAACCUCCGAUAUUGGCGCAACCUGCGAGACAAGAGAUCGAACAACGCGUGGGUGUCUCUUGCGUAUCAGGUGGCCCCGUAUUCUGCAGAGUCAGUUUGGAUCGAGGUGGAUAUGUACCCGGGGAGACAAUCGGCAUUUCUGCGACCGUCAGCAAUCGCAGCAAGGUGACAAUGAAGUCUACUAAAGCGUCCCUCACCGAGACGAUACAGUACUUGUGCCGAGGGAAAGUACUCGCUAGCGAGACCCGCGAACUGGCUAGUGUGUCCAGGGGGAAAAUUCGACCAGGCGAGGGCGAGGAAUGGCUGAACGAGCAAAUGUACGUUCCUCCUCUGCCGCCGACUAAUCUACGUGGAUGCCACUUGAUCAACGUUCUUUACCACGUUUACUUCGUCAUAAGUCCGAAGAGUUUGGACAAAGAGAUCAAGUUGCAAAUACCGAUCGUGCUGGCCACGUAUCCCCUGCGACCGGAAGGUGCACCGGCGGGUACAGCGCCGUCUAAACGAGGCGCCCAUUAUCCAUCGACGCUACCGAUCUUCCGACCUUGGCUCGACGAUAAAGCUUUCGAGAUACAGGAGUGAAAAUUCUAACACGACAUCAAAACCGGUGCAAUUAUAUUUUUAGGUGCUAAGAACACUCGAUGUACAAUAAAUUUCUACGACGAAUCGCGCGACGGCGUCGAUUCAUCCCGUCAAUUAUCUUAAUGGAUAAAUAUGUAUAAAUUGUAUAAUAAUAUUAUAUGUAAAAUAACCAAGACGUCCAUAGCAGAAAUGCACAUAUAAUAAUAAAUGACGCGACGGUAAGGAGAAGUUAAAACGUGUCGAUACGAAAGUAUCGCACGUGUAUAAAUUGGGAAAAACUGCAAGGGAAAAACUGAUAGAGAAUGAAAGAGAAACUCAUGUUUUAUAUUAUAAAAAAAGAAAACACUCAA